GUAGUCGAAGCGAGUCCUCUGUCUGACACACGGUUGUGCUGUAAGCUGUCUCGUCCAUCGCUCUUUAUUUCAUUCAAGAUACGUGAUUGAGCCCAUGACCACAUUGUUAAUACAUCUGCUAUAGAAGGCAAAUGUGGUGAGGGAUCAGCAUGAUAAACGAGGAGGUGGUUGAGGAGGUGCUGAGAGGUCACCUUGAGGCCUCAAAAUGGGCGAUUCCUCGAGUUGUCAAGGUCUUCAUUUCUUCCACAAGGGCAGAUUUCCAGGAGGAGAGAAAGAUCCUUCUGGAGCAAGUUGGGCCGGAAAUACAAGACAUGUUCGACAACACUGGUUUAGAGGUGGAGCUCGUUGAUAUGCACUAUGGAACUGGGCAAGAUGUCCACCUAGAUCCAUUCCAGUUUGACGACCACUUGCAUGAGAUCAGGCGCUGUCAAAAAGUAUCCAGAGGAUGUUUUUAUCUCUGUUUGGUUGGAGAAGAAACUACACCGAGUCCAUUACCCGCCACUCUACCAGUCGACCAAGUCACAACUUUGAAAGACAGGUUAGGAGAAGAGAUAGAAGCACUAUAUCCUACAAAUAAUAAUGACAGUGGUGCCGUCAGGUCACUCCAGAGACCCGGGGAUAUUUCCGAUGAAGAUUGGCAAAAUAGGAUGACAACGUUGACUGAUCAACUCAAAGAACUGGGAGACGAGUGUCCAGUUCAACUGAGAAGAUCUGCAGUUGAACACCAACUACAACUGGCAGCAGGGUAG